UGGUGGCCUUGGUGGUAUCCUAGGCCAGGAGAAUGGCAAAAAAUCCCCAAAGUACUCGGCACCAUUGCUCUCAGGAGGCACUGAUGCUGUCAGUGACCUGACAUCCAUGAGCCAAGAAGCUCUGGGCAGACCACCACUCACCAGUGCAGAGAAGAAUCCUGUAAAAGAAGCCGUCGACAGCACUGGUCUCUUGGACAGCAACAAAGAAUCCACUGAGGGCAUACUAAACAGCGUGGCACCAGAAGGCAUCAACAACGGCCUCAAGAGCCUGCUGGGAAAUGUCAACGUGGAAAAUCUCUUGGUAGGAUUAAAGGUUGAAAAAGUGACUGUGGAGAACAUGACGUCAACCAUGACAGACGACGGGAUCCUUGUCUUUGCCAAGACUACUGCCUUCAUAGGUGGAGAAGGCCUAGCUGGACCCGUAAUUGGAAUACUUGGAUUUCAAGUGCACAGCGAAGUAAUUCUCAAAAUUGGAAUUUCCACAAACAACACCCAAUGUGUGGACCUCCAAGUGCAGGACAAGGACAUCGAAGUCAAGGAAGUAAACAUGCAGUUAGUGAAGGGGAUCACAGAAUCUCUGCCUGUCUCUUUGCCCCUGACCUUGGAAGACACCGUUUCUCAAUUGUUGACAGUAACUAUGAGCAAGAAUAUCAAAGAAUCAAAAUCGUGUGACAUUGAGCUCAGUGAUGUCAACGAAUGCAAAAACUCUACUGGCUUGUUCAACUACCAUGUUGAAAGCUCCAGGAUUUCUGCAGAAGGUCUUUCAAUCUUCUACUGUGCCCAUUUUAGGCAAAAUACAUCCCCUGUGCCUGGAAGACUCCUUCCUCCAGAUCCCAAAAAUGCCAACAUCUCCCUAACUUUUUCUGGCGAAAUGCUCAAGCAAAUUGUCGCUCAAAGUGCCAAGCAGAGCUCUGUCAUGAUGAAUAACCUGGCUGCAACCAUCACUAACGUAGUCUACAACCACCAGCCAGGCAACAAGAUCCACGUCACCUACUGGGUUGCCCUGAAAAAGGAUGGCAGGAACUUUGCCAUUGGAGAGACGGAGCUGAUAGUCUCCCAUGCAUGCAAGAUUUUAAAAGACAAAAUGAGAGCAGACGUCAACAUUGUGAGGUACUGUCUACAAAUUCCUCUUGACAUUUAUCAGUUUAGGAAGCAAUACCAAGAACCCAAUUCAAAUCACAUGAGAAGAGCAAUGGAAAAGGCUCAUGGGAAAUACUCGGAUAAUUUUACAAGGAAAUCACAAGUUUUACUCAUAUACUGUUAUUUACCUUUAAAUUUGCUUUCUCCUCUGUAUUUAACAUUUUAUAUGUGGAUAUAAGAAGCAACUGAGCUAAUACCUAAAAUCUAAUUUAGAAUUGGUUAAUAUUUUUUACCUGAAAAUAACUUUUCCUUGCAUUUUGUUUCCUGACAGGUUUAAACACAAUGCGGCCCCACCUGAGGCUGUAAGUCGAUUUGAUUUUUAAAUAUGUAUCUCUGAUUGGUGAGAAAGCAUUUUAAAACCAGGCCCUCAGUGAAAUAGGGACUCUGCAAACGCAGAUGAGAUCAAAGGCACAAUAUGGAGCAGGAUGGCAGGCUCUAAACCCAGGUUCUUUCUGGGAGGGGUUCCCCAAGAUCAUUGCGGGAGUCCCGUACUCCAUCAGUGACCUGAAGGAAGGCCUGGAGUCUGUGCUUUUUUAGUGUUGGGUGAUUCCAAUACACCAAGAAGUCUUGAGGAAGGAUGAAAACAUGAUCUAAAUUCUAAUUUUGCCUUGGCUCACGGGAGUUUCUGAGAAGCGUAUCCAGCCUCCCGUGGCCUCACACUUCCCAUCAGAGGUUUACAGCCCAAGUUCUACAGAGUGAGCACAUGGAGCCCCAGAGAGACCUGGGAGAUGGGGG